AUGAUGCACAUGCUAGUGGCCCCGGAUGGGGGCGGAGGGGAGCUGCAGCCGUACGGCGCGCCGCCGGCGGAGCAGGAGCUGGAGCUCCUACGCGAUAACGCCGAUGACGGCCUCGAGGGCCACGUGCGGUGCUUGCGGUGUGGAAUAUCCGGCAAUGCGACGCCCCAUAUGCGGCGUGGGCCUGAUGGCCCAAGAACUCUUUGCAAUGCGUGUGGCAUUGCUUACAGGAAGGGGAAAAUGAGAAGAAUGAUAGAAGCUGAACCACCCAUAGAUGAGGCUUCACUUGUGAAGCUAGUUCCAGAGGUAGGCAUGGAAUUUGUGAGUGAGGAAAAGGCAUACGAAUUCUACAACAAAUAUGCUGGGCAUGUUGGCUUUAGCGUUAGGAAAAGUACAUCACACAAAUCUUCGGAAAAUAUUACCAAAAAUUCUCUUAAGCACCUCAAUCAUGUUUUCCAAGGUUCGAAGACAUUUGCAAAGGACUUUAGCAAAUGUGUCUUUGGCUAUGAGGAUGAAGAUGAAUUCGUGUUUUCAUGGAGAAGUAUGCUGGAAAAGUAUGAUCUUAGACAUAAUGAAUGGUUGUCUAAAGUGUUUGCUGAGAAGGAACAAUGGGCCUUGGCAUAUGAUAGACAUAUAUUUUGUGCUGACAUCAUAAGUGCACUUCAAGCCGAGAGUUUCAGUAGUAUUUUGAAGAAAUUCUUGAGUCCUCAAUUGGAGCUGCUGUCCUUCUUCAAGCACUAUGAAAGAGCAGUGGAUGAACAUCGCUAUGCUGAGCUGCAAGCUGACUUCCAAGCUAGUCAGAGCUAUCCAAGAAUACCCCCAGCCAAGAUGCUAAAGCAAACUGCUCAUACAUAUACCCCAGUGGUGUUUGAGAUCUUUCGUAAAGAGUUUGAGCUAUUCAUGGACUCUGUGUUAUUCAGUUGUGGGGAGGCUGGGACGGCAUCUGAGUACAAGGUUGCUUCAUCUGAGAAAUCCAAGGAACACUUUGUUCGAUUUGAUUCAAGAUGCUUCUGUUUCUAA